GAAGUGCUUGUUGUGUGUUUAUUGACUCUUCGUCAGCUGAUGUUCAGUUCAGUGCUGCAUUGUUGUCUUUACUGCAUGUCUGCAAAACGCGCUUUGCAAAACUGAGGUUUGAGGAUUACUUCUUCAAAAGUGCAGACUAUUGUCUCAGAAUGACACAGUGGGAGCGAUUGCAGCAGCUGGAUACAGUGUAUUCUCAGAGGGCUUCUGAUCUGUACAACAGAGAUGAGUUCCCUAUGGAAGUGAGACAUUACUUAUCACAUUGGAUCGAGGGCCAAGACUGGGAACGUGCUUCGCGGGACUCCUCCCAAGCUGCAUUCCUGUUUCAGGUGCUUCUGGAGAAUCUGGACAACCAGUUCAGUCGUUUUGCGCAAGAGAAAGAUAGUUUCCUACUGCAGCGUAAUUUCAGACGCUACAAACAAAACUUUCAGAAGUAUCAAGAGGAGCCUUACACUCUUGCUAGUAUUAUCAACUGGUUCCUGGUGAAGGAGCGAGAAAUCCUGAAUGAUGCAGAGCUUGCACAGCAAGUGCAGACAUUGCAGGUUCAGCCAACGGCAAUGGAGUUGGAGAGCCAGAGAAAAGUAGAAAAGAGUUUGAAAGACCUUAAGACCAAAGUAGAGGUGAUGGAGCACAGCAUAAGGUGUUUGGAGGAGCAACAGGAUGAGUUUGAUUUCAAAUAUCAGACCCACCUAAUGGACUGUUGCACAGAAGAAGAGAAGAAAAUGCAAGCAGAAGGGCUUCAGAAGCUGCUCAAUGCACUCGAUAAAUGCAGAAAGAACUUCCUGUCUGAAAUCUCGACUAUGUUGGACGCUGCUGAUGUUCUGAGCUCAGCGCUCAUAGAUGAGGAACUGGUGGACUGGAAGUGGAGACAACAGAAGUCCUGCAUUGGUGCUCCUGAUGAUACAAGUCUGGAGCACUUAGAGAAAUGGUUCACUCAAAUUAUAGAGUGCAUGUUCCAGCUGCAGAAGUUCUUACAGAAGCUGGAUGAGCUGGUAGGAAAGAUGACCUACGAAAAGGACCCUAUCCCAAUCCAAAAACCCCGUUUAAAGAGGAGAGUGGAAACUCUGCUGACCAACCUGAUAAAGAGCUCAUUUGUCAUAGAGACUCAGCCAUCCAUGCCACAAGGUCGAGGCCCCCUGGUGCUGCGCACAAACAUUCAGUUCUCAGUUAAAGUCAGAUUGUUAUAUAAAGCUUCUGAACUGAACCAUGUUAUGAAGGUGACUGUUUCUGUUAACAAUGCUGCUUCACAACUAAAAGGGUUUCGGAAAUUUAAUGUGCUCGGCACCUUAAGUAAAGCUCUUAACAUGGCUGAGAGUUUGAAUGGGAGCAUGGUCGCUGAUUUCAGACAUUUGACCUUGAAAGAUCAGAAAGUUACUAGUGGAGGAAAAGGAAUCAGUGAUCUCUCAUUGAGUGUGACUGAAGAACUGCACAGAAUAACCUUUCAAACUCAGUUUGACUACCAAGGCCUGUCUGUCCCUUUGGAGACCUCUUCCCUUCCUGUUGUGGUGAUCUCAAACUCCAGUCAGCAGCAGAGCGCUUGGGCAUCUGUUCUGUGGUUUAACAUGCUCUGUUCAGAUCCCACGAACGUCAAGUUUUUUGAAACCUCUCCUGCAGCCACUUGGCCACAGUUUGGGGAAAUGCUAAGUUGGCAGUUUCACUCUUGUGGGAAACGUGGUCUCGACAGUGACCAGUUGGAGACCCUCGCCAUCAAGCUCUUUGGUAAACAACAGAGUUAUGACAACUGUAAGAUAUCCUGGACCAAGUUCAGUAAGGAGAACCUCCCUGAUACAAACUUCACCCUGUGGGUGUGGCUGGAUGGCAUUCUAACCCUGGUUAAACUCUACUUGUCAGACCUGUGGAGUGAUGGGUCUAUAAUGGGCUUUGUCAGCAAGGGGAAGGAGAGACUUUUAUUAAAGAAGAAGCAGGAUGGCACUUUCUUAUUGCGUUUUAGCGAAAGCAUCAAAGAUGGAGGAAUCACAUUCAGCUGGGUGCAGUAUGCUAACGAUGGCACUCCAAGUGUGCAAACAGUGAAACCAUUCACCAGUGCUGACCUAAAGCAGAUUGCUUUACCUGAUAUCCUCUGCAACUUUCGGAUGAUGAUAGCGGAAAAUGUUCCGAUUAACCCACUGUGUUACCUUUACCCUGACACACCCAAGGACCAGGCCUUCAGUAAAUAUUACAGUGAAAAGACUGGAGAGGAGAAUCCUUACCUGAAGUACCUCAAACAAAAACUGGUUUUUGUCUCUGACAGGAAUGGCUGUUCCGGCGUCAGAGAGGGGACAGAAUCUGAUCUGUCCACACAGGACAGAGACCCUCCAUCUGUGUCUGACGCGGGUAAUGAUGACUUGUUGCUCCAAGUGCUUGAGAAGUCUCCAAUGCUUUCCAGCUCUACCAUUGAUGAUGAUACGCUUAACAGUAUUUUGGACAGUGAUAGUGAGAGCACUAUUCCAGAAGCAUUUCCUCCAACUGCCCCCCACACUUCACCAUCAUGGCUCCAAGACAACUUUUCAGAGAAUCUCUUUGCAGAAGCACUUUCUCCAGGAAUUGAUGUUAAUCUCACAUUGCAUGAGUUUCUAAACUCUCCAAACAUCCUAAAUGGCAUAAAUCUUCGAAUGCCGCCAGAGGAGUCAGAUGACUUUUUCCUUAAUUCUGGUUUGAUUCAAGAGCUUGGCUAUCCCAACAUACCACUGACCCCCUGAAUUUCACCCAUUUAACACAAAACCAUGAUCCGUGUGAUUAGCUAAAUCUCAAGCCAUAUAAUGAUUUCCAUAACUCUGAUUUGUUGUAAAUAUGGAUCAAGUAGACAGGCAAAAUACAGCUCAUUACUUCAUUUUCUGUACUGAUUUUAUUAUUACUUUAUCCAUUUAGUGUUUAUAUCUGAAUUUCAUCACAUCUAGUCAUCUGUUACUUAGCUCUAUUCCUAAAGCCUUUGUAAAGGCUAAGAGGUCAAAAAUAGAACAUUUAGGACAUAGUCUUGUGACCUCACUAUUUGUAAGCUGCUAGCAAAUAUGUCCCUAUAAAAAAAAAAAACUUUAUUUUGGAAUUAAUUCAAACAAUAUCAGAGCACUUUUGCAAAUGUAAAUUAGCGGAGAUUAGAGAAUAGAGUUUGGAUGACUACUUAUGUAAAAAAAAAAAAAAAAA